GCUCCACCGCCGCCACGAGAGAGGGAGAGAGAGAUGAUGAGCCUGCAGAUUCCGGCGAGAUCGCGCGGCCUCCGCCUAUUCCUCCUGCUGGGCGGAGAAUCCGGGAUACGGCGGCCCUAUUCCACCGGCGACCGUCGUCGCCGGAUGAUCCGCGAGGCCCGGGAUGAGGAAGAGGACGAGGCCUUCCUCCGCACCCUCAACUUCGGGGCUGACCCGGAGAACAACCCCCUACCCCCACCGCCGAGACGCGAAGGGGGAGCCCCCGACUCCUCCUCCGCCCCCUUCCCUACUGACAUCCUCAGACGUGCCGGCCGGAAGCAGCAGCCGCCUCCGGAAGGGAGCCCUCAGAAAGCCAUCGGGGAGUCGCUGAUGGAGAAGCUUAAGCUGGGCGAUGCCACCACUGCUGCCGCCUCAGCGGGAAACACUGCCGAGGGGCAGCAGGCUGAGAACGCACCAGGGCAGCCACAGCAGUCGGAGGACGUGGACGAGAUCUUCCGGAAGAUGAAAGAGACGGGGCUGAUACCCAACGCUGUCGCCAUGCUAGAUGGGCUCUGCAAGAGCGGGCUCGUGCAGGAGGCUAUGAAGCUGUUUGGUCUGAUGCGUGAGAAGGGCGCCAUCCCAGAGGUCGUCAUCUACACCGCCGUUGUUGAGGCGUUUUGCAAGGCAGCCAAGCUGGAUGAUGCUGUGAGGAUCUUCAGGAAGAUGCAGGGCAAUGGGGUCAUACCAAACGCCUUCAGCUACUGGUUGAUUAUACAGGGGUUGUACAAGGGCAACAGGCUGGAUGAUGCGGUUGGUUUCUGUGUGGAGAUGUUUGAGGCUGGGCACUCGCCGAAUGCUGCAACUUUUGUGGGCUUGGUUGAUGCAGUAUGCAAGUCGAAGGGGGUUGAGGAGGGUGAGAAGCUUGUGAAGAGCUUCCAGGAUAGGAACUUUGCCAUUGAUGAGAAGUCCAUCCGGGAACAUUUGGACAAGAAAGGGCCUUUCACACCGGUUGUUUGGGAGGUGAUCUUUGGGAAGAAGAAAUCAAGCCGGCCUUUUUAAUCUAAGCAGUAUGUGGACAUCCUCUGUUUUGUUUGGCAUCGGCAAGGAUGUUCAGUAGCUGAUGUGCUUCUGUGGUUAAAUCAAAAUGGCUAGCAUAAUGUUUUACAUGAUGUCCACCACACUAUGGAGAUUUGUAUGUUUUUUGUGUUUACAUGCAAUUCAGUAAUUCACCACCAUUUACUAAAAUUUCCCCUUGA